GGACCGUUCUUUCCUUAACCGGUGACGGCGAAGGGGAGUGUGAACGGACUGUGACACAAGCUCCAAUCUGGAAAUGGAAAGUUAUGAUCGUUGCCGAAGUGCAUUCGACCGACCAAAAUGUACAAAGACUGCCAAACGGAAACUACAACGUUACACGAUGGAUCGCUGAGGAUCAGCCAUCGAUAACGGUAACGGAGUGCUGUGCUGGAUACGUCCAGGAAGGAUUAGUAUGUGAACCUGUUUGCAAGCCAGCUUGUGUCAACGGAGACUGUGUUGAACCCAACUAUUGCAGUUGCUAUCCAGGAUGGACUGGUGUGAAUUGUGAUAUUAAGGAAGCAACAAAAUCAAAUCAGCCUCAUGGUACUUGCCGGUACUACGCGGGACAUAUGACAACGUUCGACCAAGUUAGUUACAAUUUUGAAUUCCCCUGCGAGUUCAAAUUUGUUGAAACAGGGGCGUACGCAAUCAGAAUAGAUACAAGGAAUGGUCUUUCAGUGUCAAUUGAAAAUGACGAUACCAUAUUGGAGUUUUUUAACAGCAACGAUCUCUACAUUAACCAUUUGCCUCGCAAAAUUCCUACUGAGAUUUCAGGGUUUGGUAAAGUUAUAAGAUCUGGGAUAUACAUCAUUUUCGAUGUAGUGGAUGGUAUGAGAUUGAUGUACGCUGAAAACUCAGUAAUGGUUCACCUACCAAUCAUAGAUCAGACAGAGACGUUUGAUCCCACCAUGACAGGUCUUUGCGGUAACUACGACGGUGUGACAGAAAAUGAUUUUGAUUUACCAGGCCAAGUCCAGCACCUGGAAAAAUUAGAGGACAGAAUGGUUGAGUUCAUCUAUGGCAUGCAGACAGCUGAAUGUCCUGAAUUACCCCAGAGUAUCAUAGCACAUCCGUGUACUGGAUUAGACGUUGCAACUUUGCAGAAGUAUUCCAGUACUUGUCAUGAUAUACAGAAGUUGAGCACCACCUGCCUGGAUUAUGUUGAUUUCGAGCUACACUUCACACGCUGUUUACAUGAGAUGUGCUCAUGUGCAGUUGAAAAACUUUCAAACCCCGUGGCAAAUUGGCAAGAUGAAGUAAAGAAUUGUCAGCCCUGUGGUACAUUUCGGGACUUUGCAUCCAAAUGUAGCGAACACAACAUCACCUUUAAUCCUUGGAGAAAUGAGACUUUUUGUCCGCAUAAUUGUGAAACAGGGAAGGAGUAUGAAGACUGUGGCUCAUCUUGCCCAACUGAAUGCUCUAAUCUGGAAGUGAAUGCUGAAUGUCACGGCUACUGCGUACCAGGUUGUUUCUGCCCUCUUAAUACCUAUUGGGAUGGUGAGGAUUGUGUGAGUCAUCAGCAAUGUAUGUGUACUUGGAGAGAUUCUCCCAUGCCAGUAGGAGCUGUUCUGAAAAAACCUUGCGAGGAAUGUACUUGCGUCAGUGCAAGUUGGGAGUGCCUGGGUGUGAGCUGCCCAUCCGAAUGCAAAAUCUACGGUGGUUCUUUCUAUCAAACAUUUGAUGGAAAGGAAUUCAACAUUUACACCAAGUGCAAGUACACCCUGAUAAAUGUGGAAGAGAAUCACCUGACACCGGCGUUCGAGGUCACCAUUGAUACCACAGAGUGUGCGUUGAAGAAGCCAUCGGACUGUAUCCGUGCAGUUGUUCUUGACAUCUAUCAUGGCGCAGAAGAUCCCUAUUCCAUAAUUAUUUCCAAAAACUUUACUCAGUACACAUACAACUACAAGGAGAAUGUAUACAUUCAUAACAUGGCCGGGUCGAUUCAUCUGUCAACUCAUUUCGGAAUGGAGAUAGAGUUCAACCCAGAAACAUCCAGUGUAUAUAUAAGGCUUCCUUCAGAUAUCGGAAUAGAGACUAUGGGUUUAUGUGGUACUCUCAAUGGUUCUCCAAAGGACGAUUUCAGAUGGAUGCGAAACAACGAAGAAGCAGUGGCCGCUGAGUUUGCCCGUUUAGUUUCUGCCCCCUCCCAAGAAUUUCCAUGUGGAGAGAACGAUAGAAUGCCAGUGUUAGAUUCUUGCUCCACACACCAGAUGUACUCCACUUUGGCCACCCAAACCUGUAACGCACUGCGGAACUACCCCUUCACCGCCUGCCACCAGGACGUGGACGUUGAGGUCUACAUCAAGAAAUGCAAGGAGGAUGUCUGCUCUUGCCUCGGUGAGGGUGCAUCAGAAGAUUGCCUUUGUGACUCUCUGGGUCGGUAUGCCAGGGCCUGUUCCCGUUAUGAUGUCCUGCUUGACUCUUGGAGAGCUGAUGUUGAAAGGUGUACUGCUCGAGAAUGUACUGUGCCACUGCAGAAGUUCACCGAGUCCGGUGACAGAUGUCAUAUGUCUUGCGCAGACAUUCGAAAUGAGAAUACUUGCUCUGAUGGAUAUGUAGCAGGCUGCUUCUGCCCAGAUAAUAUGGUAUUCGACGAGCGUACACAGACUUGUGUAUUCCCAUCCCAGUGUCCUUGUGUGUAUCACAUAAUCAACCAGCGUUAUUAUGAUUCGGGCAAGUCGAGAUUGACCGAGUGUGGCGAAAUCCAUUGUAAUGCAGGUUUAUGGGACCGAAGUGAGGUUAAUUGCUCAGUGCCGGUGUGUCCUAGUGAUAAACAAUGGUCGGAGUGUGCUGUGCUGAAGACUUGUGAACUUCUGAAUCCAGUGCGUAGUGUGGAGCUGUGUGAGGGAGGCUGCGUAUGUCCAGAAGGUAUGGCCGACUUAUUGGGUAAAUGCAUUCCGACGGAGGAAUGUCCCUGCUACCACCACGGCAAGAAAUAUGAACAUGGUGAGACAACUAAGAUGGACUGCAAUGAUUGUAUAUGUGAACCUAGCGGAUGGAACUGCGAGAAAAAGGAUUGCCCAGGUACCUGCUCGGCCUAUGGGGAUCCUCAUUACAAAACAUUCGAUGGGAAAGAAUAUGCAUUUAUGGGUGACUGUAGCUACGUCCUAGCUAGAGACACAUGCCAGGCCAACGAGACAGGGACCUUCCAAAUCACGGUGGAAAAUGAGGAAUGUGGAGAGCCUGGUUUUUCAUGUACCAAGCUCAUUAACAUGACCAUAAAAAGUCGUGCCACCGUGACCUUGAUCCGCGGAAGAGAUCCUAUUUUCACACCGGAGAGCAUGAAGAGGAAGUUCUCUGCUUUCCAAAAGGGAAUGUACUACUUUGUGAUAUGGGGAAAUAAAAAGAAAUACGUCGAACUUCGAUGGGAUAGGGCUAUGAGUGUAUACGUGAAAGUUCACCCGUAUUACAGAAAAAAGCUAUGUGGAUUGUGUGGUAACUUUGACGGCAACAGCGAAAAUGAUUUCCUCAUGCCUAGGGGGAAUAUGGUGGAGACCAGCCCAGUUUCCUUUGCCGAAAGUUGGAAAAUCAGUGCAUCUUGUCCAAGUACAACACCCGCUGAAGAUGCUUGUGAAUUAAACCCUGGCCGGAGGCUCUGGUCGGAGUAUUCAUGUGCCAUGAUUAAGCAGUCCAUGUUUCAACCUUGCCACGCAUUUGUUGAUCCUCAAAGUUACUACGAUAAUUGCGUCAUGGACAGUUGUGCUUGCACGCGAGGAGGAGAUUGCGAAUGUCUUUGUACAGCUAUCACUGCCUAUGCAAAAGAGUGCAAUGAUAAAUUGGUAUCUAUCGCUUGGAGAUCCUCUGAUACCUGCGGUCUCCAGUGCUCUGGUGGGAGCAUUUACACAGCUUGCGGAGGUAAAUGUGGAGAUCACUGCUGGAUUGAAGGCAAUAUAGAAAUCCCUUCUGGCUGUAACGAUACAUGUAUUGAAGGAUGUUUCUGCCCUGAAGGUUUGGUCAUGACAGUCGAUGAAAAGUGUGUGCUGCCAUCAGACUGCCCAUGCAUUGUUGAUGGAAAGAGAUGGGAAGCUGGAAAUUACUUCUUUAGGAACUGCCAAACAUGCUCUUGCGAUUCACAUGGGUACUUUACCUGUGAAGGCCUUACAUGUUCAGAGAUGACAUCUACACCAGAACUACCUGUACACCCGUGCAACUGUAGGGAUGGCUAUGUGCCGUGUGGCGGCUGUGUUGCCUGUGUCCCUGAGUCAACCUGGUGCGAUGGGACAGAAGACUGCCCUGAUGGGAGUGAUGAGCGGAGCUGUGAUUGUGAGUACGGAGAUGAGCACACAAGGUAUCGGAAUGGAGAGUCUUGGAACGGAACCCUACCUUGCGUGACAUGCUUCUGUGAGCAAGGAGAUGUUGGCUGUCGAAAGGAAUGUAAUAUUGAAUGUAGUGAGGGUACGGUACUGCUGCACAAUGACAUUGUUGAGUCAUGCUGCGAUUGUGUUGCUAUUACUGGAACUGAGUCAACAGAGCAGCCUUGUUGGAUGCACCAAAUUCCAGUUGAAUCCCCUUGUGAUUCUUGUAUACUGGAGGAAGGUAUUUAUUACAAGACAUGUACCACGGACCCAGCAGACUGCCCAAAGGGUGAGAUGCUAGUCCAUAGUGAUGAUCACUGCUGCCAAUGUCUCCCUCCAUCUGAAACAACUACUCCAGUUUCGAGUACUGCAGAAUGCCGUGAUCCAUUUGUUCAUGGACACCCGACUUGCUGUCCCUACCUCGAUGUUGAGUGUACAAUUGAUGAAGCAAUAACAGGAUCACCUACAUGCAAUGCUUGCAGAAGUCCUCGCAUUUUCAAUGGCACUCAUUGUGUCUUUGAAGGAGAGUGCCCAUGCAAGGAUCAGACCAACAGACUCAGAGAACCCUUUGAGAGUUGGCAGCACCCAACUGAACCUUGUAUAUCAUGUAUAUGCUUCAAUGGAUACUCAGAGUGCAGAGACAAUACCUGUCAGCCUUUAUCAUGUGCAAUGGAACAACAACUGAGACUGCCUGGAAAAUGUUGUGCCCAUUGUGAAGAGUGUUAUGAUGAGCUGGAGAGGACAUUUAAGACCCUCAACAAUAUGUUUUACAUUGUGGUCUUGAAACAGCCAUCCAAUGUGACUGCAAUUGAGAUUACUUCUGCAGUUAGAGUCAUUACGAUACUUACGGUUAAGGUGUCGGGGACAGAUGUAACUGACAGGAUAGCAACCGAAGCAGUCUUGGACCAGCAAACGAGUGGACAAUCUACUGGAGUUGUCUUAGAAUUACAAGAAGGACAGCCCAAUCAGAUCAUCUUCUACACACCACUUGAAAAUGUUGAUGUAAUUGAAUUAACCUUCUCGGAUGCAAUGAAUUUCACAUCGUCGAUUAUCUAUGGGUGCAGUGAAGAACCUUCAACAACACCAAGGGACACUGGUGAUACAGACUUAGGAACUAACCCAACAAGACCUAGACCAGCUGAAACAGUUCCAACAACUACACCGACAACACCUGAACCUUCAACAGAACCAAUUGUCACUGGCGAUACAGACUUAGGAACUAACCCAACAAGACCUAGACCAGCUGAAACAGUUCCAACAACUACAACGACAACUCCUGUUGAUAUGCAGCAACAUCAUUGUUGUCUGUCAAUUGAAAAUAUGCACAGUUCAUUUUUAAUGGAAAGUGUUUUUCUGAAUGUUUUAAUUGCAGUGACCACAACAUCUUCCACUACAACAGUGACAACAACACCAGGUGUUUGUGAGGAGGACUUGGAUAUGUUGAAUGUUACCAUCACCCUUACUGCUGAUGGGAGUGAUCAGAGUACAGAUGGAACUAUCACACUGGUGUCUGGAGUCAAUAAAUUCAAUAUUGAGCUCUCUAUCCCAGGUUACAUGACGAUAGUGAAUGCGCUGAGUUUAUUUGAGUUUGGAGGACAAAACACCCCUCUAGAGAGGGUUCGCAUCUCAAAUAUUAGGCCUAGUCCAAGCGGUGGUGAUACUAUUGAAUAUGAUGUUAGCUCCACUCCUCCUGGCAUGUUUAGAGUUCUUGAUACAUUUGGUAAUGCACCUGUUGAAUCUUUUGACAUUGAAGUACUGGAUGAGACUAGCAGGCCCUUAACUAUUGAGGUCCAAGUCAGAGGAUGUAUUGAACAAGUUCCACCAACUACGACCGCAUCUCCAGAAACAACUACACCAUCAACAACAUCUGCAGAGACUACAACUACUGUCAUCCCAGUUACUACAGGUGAAAUUGGCGAUGCAGCUGUAGAAACUACGCGUCCACCAAGAUCUACACAAACAGCAACUACAACGGCAGCUCCAGAAACAACCACCCAAUCGACAACACCUGUUCCAACAACAACAACGGCAGCUCCAGAAACAACCACACCAUCAACAACAACUGGUAAGUUGAAUCAAUCUGGUACCUUUUCAACAGUCUAA